ACAGGUGGUGUGGAGUUUGUCUUCCUCCUGCCAGCUUGGACGCAUUGUGAAGGGCCCAAAUGGAGGGAGCUGGCACCUUUCCUCGCCCCUCCCUUCCAAGCGUCACCCGGGCUCUGUACGAGCGAGUAAUACCCAAUGAUCAUCCGGUGCUGCUUCCCGCUGAUAAUCUGGUCACGGGCGCACGAAAAGUUUCAAACGGCGGAAGAGAAAGCAGUGGACAAGGGUGGGAUGACAAAGGGGAGCAAAGCCUGUUAAACCCCUUAUAUGUCAUGAAGCACGCGGAGGCCAUUGCGAGCGACGCUGUCGGCCGUCAGUUCGAAGCACUCGCCUCCGUCCUCCCUCACCUCCCUUCCUACUCCUUGUCGUCCCUGGCUCUCUUCACCCGCCAGCUUCUUCAACUCUUCCUCCUCGCCAAAAGCCCGACCUAUCGGGCAUUGCUCGUCGGGUUUUUGGAAACGGUGGAUUGG